AUGGACGAAGACACUGCAGCGCUGCAAGCCAGGAUCGCGGCCUUGCAAAGCAAAAUCAACAACCACAAACAACAGCAUGUGCCGCCCACCGCGCCGUAUCAGCAGCACUACCAGCCGCACCACCCACACCCCAGCCCGUUCCGCGGCGCACCUCGUCUCGCACCCUACGGCCGUGGACGCGGCGGUGAAAGAGGUGGCUUCACACCUGUGAAGAAUCGCAAGCUCGUGCUGAAUGGUGCGAACGCGCCUGCAGCGCCCGUGGUAGGCCCUAAGGCCGACAACCUCGUGGCCACGCAUCCUCAUCAGCUCGUGAACAAGGAUGCCCACAACCGUCGCCUGCAGCAGCUUCGCACCGCUAAGAGACAGAAGAUCAACCAGCAAGAGCGCACCACACUCAACCAGCACACAUCCAGCGAAGGCGGUCGCGAACUCACUAUCGAAGGACUGCGCUUCCAGCUCCGUGAAGACGGCAGCAAGCUCGUACGAAUCUCUGACACCGCUACCAACAGUAUGACGACGCCGAAAAUGGUCAAGGUUGCAGACGUCGCAUUCUACCGCACCAAGGGCGGCAACCUUGUCCGCGCCAAUGCUAUCAAGGGUCUUGCUAGGUACUCCGCCAUACUUGCUAGCCGCCGGCAGAAACACGACUCACGCAUUGUGCCAUCUAGGACCUCCAACCCCGACACGAAACGCCAGUGCGAGCAUUUCACGAAGACUGGUAAAUGUCCCUUCGGGCGCUCGUGCCACUACGCCCACGAUCCCGAAAAAGUCGCCAUGUGCCCGGCCUUCCUCAAGAACAAAUGCACCUCCGGCGAAUACUGUGACCUCAGCCACGUCAUGUCUAUCAACCGUGUGCCGGCGUGCAUUCAUUUCCUCCGUGGCAACUGCACGAAUGAUGCAUGCCGCUACCCCCAUGUUAACGUUUCCCCUUCAGCUCCUGUCUGUGCUCCUUUCGCACGUCUCGGUCAUUGUGCAAACAAUGACUGCGACAAGCGUCACGUCUUCGAAUGCCCGGACCUUGCAAAUAAGGGCGAAUGCUCGGACAGCAAAUGCCCACUUCCCCAUCCCGUUCGUGCUCACGUACUUCGCAAGGCUGCUGCAAAGCAAGCCAAGGUCGGCUCCGAGGAAAAGUCUGACAUCUCGAGCGAUGAGGAAGAUGAGGAGGCUGAGGCUGGCUUCGAGGACAUCGACUCCGACGAAGCUGAAGACGUCAUUAUGGGCAACGGCGACAACUACGGCCACGAGCUCACCCAGCAACAAGAUUACGUUCCCUUCUCGUAG